GGCUAGAGAACCUAAGGAAAAUCUUCCACAAUGUGAGAGCCAACAACAUAUGUCCUAUGAUGUGCUUAAAGAAACAUUGGAUGAGAUUGGGCAUGACAGUGGACGCGAUGGGCAACAUACCCGUCAAGAACAUCGUCAGAACUUUCGCCUCAGGCAAGACCGAGAAGAUGGUGUACCAGUGCCUUGAGGACAUGAGUCUUCCCUCGGGCAAGGGUGACAGUUUAGAUAAGGAAGCCUUCACGUUCGAAAAGUUCUUCCACUUGUACUUGACCAUCUGUCCCAGAACUGAUAUUGAUGAACUGUAUACCUCUAUCACAAAAGGGGAGCACGUCAGCCUUGCACAGUUGGUGAAGUUCAUGAACGAGAAACAGCGAGACCCGAGCCUGAACGAAAUCUUGUACCCGCUGUACGACGAGAAACGGUGCAUGGAGAUCAUCACAGCACACGAACCCCAGCAAGAAAACAUAGAUAACAAACGAUUUAGCAAAGACGGUCUGCUGGCUUACUUAAUGUCAGAUGAGAAUGCACCAGUAUUCUUGGAUCGUCUUGACAUCUACCAGGACAUGGACCAGCCACUCUCCCAUUACUACAUCAACUCAUCCCACAACACAUACCUCUCUGGCAGGCAGUUCGGAGGCAAAUCCACUGCUGAGAUGUACAGACAGACACUCCUGGCUGGUUGCAGGUGUGUGGAACUUGAUUGCUGGGAUGGAAAAGGUGAAGACGAGGAGCCAAUCAUCACCCACGGAAAGGCUAUGUGCACAGACAUCCUCUUUAAGGAAGCUAUCAUUGCCAUCCGUGACUGUGCCUUUGUCACCUCCGAUUAUCCAAUUAUCCUUUCCUUCGAAAACCAUUGCUGCAAGAAACAACAGUACAAACUAGCCAAGUACUGUGACGAGUAUUUUGGAGACCUUCUCUGCAAAGAGCCACUACCAGAUAGUCCAUUGGUUCCUGGCCAUCCUCUCCCUCCUCCCAGUCAACUCAAGAAUAAGAUCCUUAUCAAGAAUAAGCGACUGAAGCCAGAGGUAGAGAAGCAGGAGCUGGAAUUGUUCCUCCAGGGUCAGCUUGAUCUAGUGGAUGAUGAAGAUGCAAAGGAAGAUGCUUCACAGGCUACUGCUGCUCCCAAGGAGGCCAAGAGUAACCCGUGCACUACCAUCACCACCCCUGUGUCGCAGCCCUCGCUAGAAGACGAUAAGCCCCUGACGGCGGAGGAGCGAGCCUUCCUCUAUUACCAGUAUACGGGCGCAACCACCCACGUCCACCCUGUCCUCUCUUCCUACGUCAACUACUGCCAGCCAGUCAAGUUCCAGGGCUUUGAUGUGGCCGAAGAAAAGAAUGUCCACCACAACAUGUCUUCAUUCUCGGAGACCAUGGGGUUAGGAUACCUCAAGACACAGGCUAUUGAAUUUGUCAACUACAACAAGCGACAGAUGUCUAGAAUUUACCCCAAGGGCGCCAGAGUGGACUCCUCAAAUUACAUGCCUCAGGUGUUCUGGAAUGCUGGUUGUCAGAUGGUGUCCCUGAACUUCCAGACGUCAGAUCUGCCCAUGCAGUUAAACCAGGGAAAGUUUGAAUACAAUGGAAACUGCGGAUACCUACUCAAGCCUGACUUCAUGCGUCGUACAGAUAAAACCUUUGAUCCCUUUGCAGAAUCUCCUGUAGAUGGUGUGAUUGCUGCUCAGGUUGCUGUGUCGGUCAUAGCUGGUCAGUUCUUGUCAGACAAGAAAGUUGGCACAUAUGUGGAGGUGGACAUGUAUGGCUUACCAACAGACACCAUCAGGAAAGAAUUCAGAACCCGAAUGAUCCCAGGAAAUGGUCUCAACCCACAGUACAAUGAGGAACCCUUCCUCUUCCGUAAAGUUGUUUUGCCUGAUCUGGCUGUGCUGAGAUUUGGUGUGUUUGAUGAGAAUGGCAAGAUGUUAGGCCAACGUAUUCUGCCCCUUGAUGGUCUUCAGGCUGGCUAUCGUCAUAUUUCCUUGCGUACAGAAGGCAACUUUCCAAUGUCUCUUCCCAUGUUGUUCUGUAAUAUUGAACUCAAAAUUUAUGUACCUGAUGGUCUUGGCGAUCUUAUGGAUGCCCUUUCUGAUCCUCGGGCUUUCUUGAGUGCCCAAGAGAAGCGAGAACAGCAGAUGAAGGCCAUGGGAAUUGAGGCGUCAGAUAUUGACACAAAAGCCCUGAAAGGUGGAAAGGGAGGUGCUAAGGCAGGUGGAGCAGGAGCCAAACCAGCUGCAGGUGCUGGUGGUGCUGCUGGUGCCAAGAAAGAGGAAGAAGCCCUUGACUUUGAUCCCAUCAAUCUAGAAACACUUCGAGCUCAGAAGAACUUCUUGAAGGCAACUAAGAAGCAGCAAAAGGAACUUGAAAGUAUGAGAAAAAAACACAUGAAGGAGCGAUUGUCUAUCCAGAAGGGCCAGUGCAGUGCCAUUGAAAAGGUUGCUAAGGGCAAAAAAGAGGUACUGGAUGACCCCAAGAUUAAGGCAAUAGUGACUGACCAGAUGAAGCAGUGGUCUGAGAUGAUGGAGAAACACCGCAAGGAGGAGUGGGAGAUGCUGAAGGAACAUCUCAAGAGUCAAGAAGACAUCCUCAAGAAGCUCAUGGAGGAAGAGCAGGCCAGCCAGAUUAAGAAGCUGGAAGGAAAGCAUGAACAGGCCAUGAAAGACAUGAAAGCAAACCAGGCAAAGUUGGCUGUAGAAACAGCUAAGGAUGUAGCAUCAGACAAGACACUGAAGACAAAGGCUGACCGUGAUCGUCGUUUGAAGGAAAAGAAUCAAAAUAACACCAAGAGAUUCAUUGAAGAGCGAAAGAUUUCAGCCAUGAAACAAGGCAAGCAGAUGGACAAGUUGAAAAAGAUCCACAAUGAGCAAAUGAGUGCCCUCACCAAGGAUAUUCAGAUGGCCAUCCAGUUUUAUGAGAACACAGAAGCUGAAUACAAGAUGUGGCAGAAGAUUGAAUUUUUCUGUUGAAGAGUCAACCCUCCAUAAUGUAGCUGGAGUUGUGUUAUGGCACACUCUUCACCCCAUGUGAAGAUCUCCAGACCAGCUGCCUUGGUUCAUCUGCAAGCCUUAGCAUCCAUUAUUUCUGUGCAUCUGCAAUAUUAGCCCAUUGGUAAAGUGUGUGUGUAAUGUACAUGAAAUGAGGAGUGAUGAAAUUCAGGGUAAUUAGGUGUGUCUGGUUUACAAAACAGGAAAUGUGGUUAAGCUCUCCAUUCUCCUCUGGUGUAGAGGGCUUGGAGAAUCUGCUAUUCAAAGUCUAGCUAAAAAGAAAGUUAAUGCAAACUUCAUCAACACAAUGAAAUGCUGUAAAAAAAAAAAAAAAAAAAAAAAAA